CGAGUAUGUAUUCCGUUUUAUCGGGAAUACACGAAUAAUUUGUUUUUUUGUUCUUGGAUCAUUUGUGUUUCGGGUUGACAAUUGAAUGUCGGCACUAUAUUUGUCUCGCUCACAUCGCGUUGAUGAAUGACAUUGACAUUUGUCUAGAUAGAUUCACAACACUCUUGGACCCGUCAACUCUGUAUUUUGUGUAUGAACUAUUUUUUUCCCCAUCGUUCGCUUGUGUAGUUUGGAUUUUUCGUUCGCUAUUUAUGUAGCGAAGAAGAGUUGAGUCCUAACAGAAAAUUUCAAAAACGAUAGAAAAUUUAUAAAAAUUCGAUGAACAAAAACCAAGUAGGCAAUCAUUCAAUAUCCGAGUUGAUGAAAUAAUGUACGAAAAGUCUUGAGUGAGUGAUUCUCUCACAGGCCACGGUGGAUACACACGCACAUCCGAAGAACCGACAAAGACUUUCCGAGUCUAUGAGCGAGGUUUUAUGUUAGCCGAGAUUUUUAUUUUAUUUUUGUUUUAAAUUAAGUGCAUAGAAAACUGUGAAAAAGAUAUGUCGCUGGAGCCGUCAGCUUGUGAAGAUUUAAAGGCAUUCGAAAGACGUCUAACAGAAGUAAUAUCCUGUGUUCACCCUUCAACCGUACGAUGGCGAAUUAUUUUGGCGGUUAUGUCAACAAUCACAUCAGUAGGUGCGUGGUAUUGGUUAACCGAUCCAAAAACAGCAGUUGUUCCAUUAACAGAAUCCUUAUUAAAUCACUAUAUAUUUGUCAUAGCAGCAUUAAUUUUGUUAUCACUUUUUGUUAUGGGCAUCCACAAAUUGGUAAUAGCACCGCAAAUAUUAACAUCGCGAACGCGGCAAGUGCUCAACGAUUUUAAUAUGUCGUGUGAUGACACGGGAAAAUUGAUUCUAAAGCCACGGCCAACCACAUAGUCAAUUGUGUCCGGUUUUCAACAACAGUUUUCUUCUGUUCUCGUACCAAGUUCUUUCCUGAAUUGCCACUCACACAGAUACACAGACAGACAGACACACACACACCUACAAACCAGCUCUCCUUCCUUUUUCUCUGCUGUUCAUAUCAAUAGUUAUAGGGAUUUAUGCCAUUUUUGUACAUUUUUACAAUAGCUUUGAUAAUGGCUGAAAAUUUUCACCAAUAAUGUUUAGAAUUCCAACCAAAAAGAAAAAUUAGCGACCAACAUUCGACAAACGAAUAGAUUUCAUUCGAAUAAGGGAGAAACGAAAGAGAUAAGCAUUUUCUUGAAUGAUUGGGGUUUUCAAAACAAAAUCAAUACGUUUGUUGACAAUUCGAUUCGCACACUUGCCUUGAUUAACUUAUGGAUUAUUUGAAAAUGUUUGAGACGAGUGAAAAAAGUACAUUACAAACAGUUAAUGUAAUGGGCAAAUAGUAUUUAAAUUUUCGGUCACAUAUACAAAGACUCACUUGAUACAAACUUAUGUAUCACAUGCAGAGGUUUUGAAACAGAAAAACGUGUAAUUCUUUUAAGUUUAAGUUUUUUCGUUUUUUUUUUUUUGAUUUAACAAAUUAGAAAGUUGAAAAUUUAAACUUGCAUUACAAACUAUCAUCUGAAAUAAAUCACUUCCAAUUUAGAGCUAUGAUCUUUUAGACUUGUGUAGUGUAAAGAACAAAACAAUUGUAAACUGUGGCCCAUUGCAACAGAAUUUGUGUAUUUCGUUUAGAAUAAUAUAAGAAUGAAAAAAAAGUCCAGCAAUUGAA